CAAUAUAGACCCUUGUCACGGGACGGAGGUAUUGUAUGAGUCAUGAGUAGUUUUUUUUUUAUCCAAGCACAUUGGGAGGAAGAAAUGCACGAUUUGGGAAACAUAGCGCUAGUCGAUUAAAUUGUGAACAGUGCUUAGUUUUUCUACUUACAUGGUGAGAAUACGAUUUGGCUUAUAAGACAUCAGUAAUCAUGAUACAGCUCAAGUCAUUACUUCUGCUCUGCAGUCUCUUCUGUUCAAGCCAUUGUAUUACAGAUGUGCUACUUAGCCCUCCAGACAUCACCAAUCCAACAGAAGCAGUGACUUUGUACAAGGGUGAACUUGACUUUGUUGUCAAAUGUGAAGCUACUGGUAUACCUAAACCAACAUACCAGUGGAAAAGAAAUAACCAAGAUAUCCCUCCUAGUAGCUACAUUAGCUAUGAUGCCAACACUGGUGACUUAACUUUUAAAGGGUUUUCAGAGAGAGAAGAAGGAGAGUACAGAUGUUAUGCAUCAAAUGUUUUGGAACAAACUACAGCUGUCAGUGUCUCUCAACCAGUCACUAUUAAAAAAUAUCGCUUUCUGAGACCAGAUAGUAACCUUGCUACUGAACCAGUUAGCAUCAAACAAUAUGACUAUGUCAAAUUAUUUUGUAAAAAGGACAAACUUGAAGUAGUGGCUGAAACUAUAAACUACAACUGGUAUUCUAAAAGUAAUGACCAGCUUCAAUUAGAUGAUGGUCGACUGUACAUAGACCAAAAAGGGGAUCUGCACAUAAAUUAUGCCAAGACAACUGAUGCUAGUGAUCCCUUUGGUAUUAAGUGUGGUCUGUCAGGUCGAAGCAGUGCCAACAUUGUUUUCGGGGAUGCAUACAAUCUGUAUGUUACACCUGUAGCCCAGAUUCAAGGUCAAGCUCCUGUACUAAAAUGGUUUUCUGCAAAUGUAGUGGCAGAGGUGUCUCACUCAGCUAGACUAGAGUGUGUUUUCAGUGGAUAUGACCCAUUACAACCAUUACCAACCAUCACUUGGACGUUAGAUGAUGGGACAGUAAUAAGCACUAACCAAAAGUACAAUGUGUCAUCAAAUGGAAGAUCUCUCAUAAUCUACAAGUUAUUGGAACAAGAUGAGAGAAAUUAUUACUGCAAGGCUAAAAAUAACUUUGGAGAGAGUGAUCCUCAUCAAGUUUUUCUUAACGUCACAAGUAAACCCAUUUUCUAUGAAAACAAAGCCCCAAGGGAUGUAACAGUUUCUCAAAAUAAACAUGUGACAAUUCCAUGUGAAGCUAGGUCAGCUUCUGGGGAGACACCUCCAUCUCCUGCAUUUUGGUAUGUCAAUGGGAGACAAACAGGACAACAUACAAAUCAGAGCAAAAUUGAUGUCAAGGCUGAUUCUCUUACAAUCAGAUCCGCCCAAAAACCAGAUGAUAUUUUGUGUGUCUUAUGUAUAGUCUCUAAUUCUAAUGGAGAGAAAAUGGGCGAAGCAUGUGUUAAUGUAAUUUUGUCUAUUGAGCUAACCCAGCCAAUCAACGUAAAUCAAGAGGUAGCUUACGGAAACUCUAUAGACUUGACAGUCCUAGCAAAAACUGACAUAUCCCAACAACUCAUUUACAAGUGGACUCACUUUAGAAACAAAAGUGACCUUGUUGGAGAAGAACCAAAGUUUACCUUCCAUGAUCCUGUGACAAAAGUGGCCUAUAUAAAUACAACUGGGAUGACUGAAGCAGAAUUUGAAUCUCUUCGUGGUGAAUAUGUGGUGAACAUCUCUCACCUCUAUGAUUACAGAAUUGAACGUAUUCAUGUCACACUUCAAGACAAGCCUGCUCCAGACGAUAUAUCUGGCCAAUCAAAUUUAGUUCCCAGGAUUUACCUCACCUGUUUGACAACAAUGACUGUGACCUUCUUGCUGUUUACUGCAAUCGCAUGAAACCUUUACUUUUAAACUGUGUCAGAUAUAUCAAAAAAUCAUGAAUCAAAAUAUCUAAAGUAAAUGUUGACACAAUCAUUCCCAAAGAUGCCUUCAAAAAAUAUGUAAUAGAUAAAAGUUUGAAUUAGUUCCCUGGGCGUGGUAAUAUUUCUGUACAAUUUUUUGUUUUAUUUAUAUUUCAUUUGUAAGAUUUACUAUUUUGGUUUUGUAUUCUUCCAUAAUCCAAUAGAAUAAAACAAAAAACUAAUCCUCUAAUACAAUUUAAAAUACUUGAAUCCAUUAAUCCAAUACAAUGAUUAACAAAUGCAAAUACUAAUGAAUGAAAGCACUGAAGCCAAACCUUUCAAUAAAAUCAAAUUUGUGUCCUCUU